UCAUUACACUUAAAAGUACCAUACGUAGCUUUUUCGUUCAAAAAUAUGAUACAAUACAGAUUAAAUUAAAUGUGAAAACAAUAUUGAUGACUGGCACAGAGAUCAAGCAAUAUCGCGUGAAUCAUGAGUGACUAUUAUUAUUUUGAUGUGAAACUAAAGCUCCGCAACCCCGAGGCUAUUAUUUUCACACCCAUCUUCUUUCGUAGCUGUGUUCUAAACGCUCUAGAGAGUUUCUUCGGCGAUCUGGGAGGAAAGACCAACAUGGACAUUGUUAAAUUUUGUGACAAGCAGCAGCGCAUUGUUUUCCGUGUUCCCGAAGAGUUCUUUGAGCGGACCCGAACCGCACUGUCGUUGAUAGGCCACUACCAGGAAGUACCUUGCCACUUUCAAGUGAUAGGCACCUCUAAGACAGCUCUAGACUUCGACAAGGAUAUUUCCGCAACAGCAGCUCGGAGGUGUUGAAACUGCUAUCUAUCGCUGGCUUCGCUAUCGUCUAUCGCUGUCUACCUAUCGCUCCUAUCCAGCUGUUUGACACAACGUGAAAAGCAAAAAAAUUACAUAAAAAAUAUACGCCGGCAUUUAACAAGUUUUCAACCGAACUUUAAUGAAUAAGGAGUCCCCCCCAAGCGUGUUCGGGAACAUCACAGCGCC